AUGUUCGGGUCUCUCGGGGCGGACAAGACGGUGGGCGGGGACAGCUACGACGCGGGCGACGUGGCUUCUGAGCGCGUGUCGGAUACCCAGAAAGGGGCUUCUGGGGGCCUCGUCGACUACCUCGCGCUGCCCGUCGAGCAGUACUCCGUCCUCGACCCCACGUGGGUGUCGCGCCCCGAGGGCGCGCCCCCGGGCUGUUUCCGCCUCACCGUACCUCUGCGCGACCUCGCCGGAGUGGAGCUCGAGCCGACGCUGCUCAUCCGCGCAGGCUACGUCCCGGAGAAGACCCGCGUCGUCCUCGAGUCCGUCGAGUCGUCCUUCGGCAGCCCCCAGUGGGACGCAUACGCGUCAGUCAGUCUCAAGGCGUCCCUGACUCGGGUCGACGUGGCGGACGCGGACGACGCGGACCGCUGGCUCGGCCAGCCGGAGAGCGCCCGGUCCGGCGCCCCGACGGUCGACAGCGACGGCGUCAUCGACGUGGAACCGAUCGACAACGUGCGCGACGCCGACGCGCCGCCCGUGGCUGGGCUGCGGUGCUCCGUGGAGGUGCUGGUGGACGUGCGGGUGCCCCAGAGCCUGCGGAUCGUGCCGGGCGUCGUCCUGCGCGGCGCCGGGUCCACGAUCCUCCGCGCGGCGAUGGGGGUGCUGCUGCCGUCGUUUCUGGACCUGCUGGCCGCUGACUACCGGAGGUGGGCCACGCGGUCGCAGCCGCGGGACCUGCCCGCGGGGAACCUUCUCCCUGCCGACGCGAAGCUCGGCGAAGCGCCGAGCGCGAACGAGGACAGUCCCAGCUCCCAGUCGUAG